AUGCAUGCAAUCUACGGCAGUCUGGCCCUGCUUUUAGGGCUGGCAGUUUCCAGUCGAGCGAGCACUGUUCGACACGACCACUCUUUUCAACCCGAUCAUAUCUUGCGGGUUACAGCGGACAUUUACAAUGAGGCAUGCUCAGAGCGCUAUUCAGUUUUAGUCAAUGGAUCUUCCCCUGGCCCUGAACUCCGGCUGCGAGAAGGCGAGGUCAGCUGGAUCCGGGUGUACAAUGACAUGACCGAUGCGAAUACCACAAUUCACUGGCAUGGCCUUACUGCAUUUACUGCCCCAUUCUCAGAUGGAUCCCCGGCCGCAAGCCAAUGGCCGAUUCCCCCGGGCCACUUCUUCGACUACGAAGUCAAGCCAGAGCCCGGCUCUGCAGGGAGCUACUUCUACCACUCCCACGUCGACUUUCAGAGCGUCACGGCCAAGGGUCCUCUGAUUGUCGACUCGAGCGAGCCGGCUCCCUACCACUAUGACGAGGAGCGGACGGUGAUGAUAUCGGAUUACUUCAGUGAGCCCGACGACGAAAUCGUUGAUGGACUCGUUUCUACCAACUUCACAUGGAGCGGCGAGACAGAAGCGAUCCUGGUCAACGGUCAAAGUCGACCUGCGACGAAUGCUACCGGUGCAUGCAAGUUGGCUGCGAUCUCCGUCGAAGCAGGAAAGACGUAUCGCCUGAGAUUCAUCGGCGCAACGGCACUCUCCUUUGUUUCGCUAGCGAUUGAGAGCCACCAUAUGCAUAUCAUCGAGGCAGACGGCCAUUACACAAAGCCACUGGAGACAGACUUCCUGCAGAUCGGCAGCGGCCAGAGAUACAGUGUCCUUCUAACAGCGAAGGGUGAGGAUGAGUUGAAGGCGCUCGACAGACGGCAGUUCUAUCUCCAGAUCACGACGUUGGAGCGACCAGCGGUCUUGACCAGCUUCGCUGUGCUCGACUACACCUCGGACGCAGCACCAGAUCUAACUACAGUGCCGUCGCCUCCACCGCUGCCGGUAGCGACCACCGUCCAGGGCUGGCUGGAUUACGAGCUCGAACCGGCCCAUCCAAAUGAAGACUUUCCAACACUUGACGAGGUGACGCGCAGGAUAGUCAUUGACGUCCACCAGAACGUCAGUGACCGGACCAUCUGGCUGCAGAACGGGUAUGACUGGGUGGAAUCGUUUCCCAAGUCUCCAUAUUUGGUCGACAUCUACCAGGACAGGCUCGACCUCGACGCGAGCUACCACCGGGCCCUAACUCGCGGCAACGGCUUCGACAACAUCACCCGCACCUUUCCGGCCCGGGUAGGCGAGGUUCUCGAGAUCGUCUGGCAGAACCGAGGAACAGUCGAGAACGGCGGCGUGGACGCACACCCCUUCCACGCGCACGGCCGGCACUUUUACGACAUCGGCGGCGGCGACGGUCUCUACAACGCGACGGCGAAUGAGAUACGGCUACGCGGAACCCAUCCGAUCCAGCGCGACACAUCGGUACUCUAUCGGUACCGCUCAAAGACCAGCCAGCUCGUCCCCUCUGGCUGGCGAGCGUGGAGGAUCCGGGUAACAAACCCGGGGGUUUGGAUGUACCAUUGCCACGUGCUGCAGCAUAUGAUAAUGGGGAUGCAGACGGUGUUUACAUUUGGCGACCGUGAGGACAUUCUGGCAAAGACGGGACAAGUCGAUGAUGGCUACUUGACGUAUGGGGGUUCGGCUUAUGGGAAUGGGACCUGGGAUCCAAUGGUGCAGGACUUUGAUGUGUGA